GUCCCGUGUGUGUGACGUGACUGUGUGUGUGUGUGUGUCUGUGUGGUUUUGGUUGGUUGUGGUUGUGCGUGCGUACGAAACACGCACUGUUUGUGUUUCUGUUCGGUUUAUACGUGCGCGCUGAACCAUUAGGCCUCUUCGGUUCGGACUCUUGUGAAUUGUUUCUGCCCAAAUGACUGUUGCCAAAGCCAUGAAGAGCCCGGGGCAGAAGCUCAAAUCACCCAAGGGAAGGGGCCCUGCAACACCCAAUCUAAAGAGUCCCAAAGGGAAAGGUCCAGCGACUCCGAAAGGAACCCCUAAUGUAGCCAAGACCCCUAAAGGAACCCCCAAUGUAGCCAAGACCCCUAAAGGAACCCCCAAUGUAGCCAAGACUCCUAAAGGAACACCCAAUGUAGCCAAGACCCCUAAAGGAACACCCACUGUAGCCAAGACCCCUAAAGGAACACCCACUGUAGCCAUGACUCCAAAAGGAAUGCCCGAUGUAGCCAAGACUCCGAAAGGAACCCCGAAUGUAGCCAAGACUCCGAAAGGAACCCCGAAUGUAGCCAAGACUCCGAAAGAAAUGCCCAAUUUAGCCAAGACUCCGAAAGAAAUGCCCAAUUUAGCCAAGACUCCAAAAGGAACUCCCAAUGUCGCAAAGACUCCCAAGGGAACACCCAGUGUGGCCAAGGCUCUGCAAAGUGCGACAGAAGCCGCUAAAGGAAGUGCCAAGGUUGCUCAGUCACCAGUUGGGGGUAAGAAGCGACCCUUCAAUGGAUCACCCAAAGCUGUGAAGACUUCGUUCUUCAGUGAAGGCGUAACAAAGUCUUUGAAACAGGAGCUCCCUUCAGAAGAAUCAAACAAGGGAAUCGCAUUUAGGAAAGUUCGCAUCAGCAACGUAUCCGAUGACGCCACACCCAAACUUCGUGAAAUUCUGACUCCUCGAGGAGAAAUAGUUCAGAUGAAGAGACGCCACCAUAAUUUUGUAGUGGAAUUCAAGACUGCCGAAGAAGCACGUGCAGCAAAGAAGCUGAAUGGUGUUUUACUUGAUGGUCGCCACCUAACAAUAAGUCAUGUAGAUGACUCAAAAAUACCCAUCCAUCAAAGACUUACUCUGUCUAAUCCCCCUAAAGACUUAAAUGAUGAGGAUGUUUGGUCUACCUUUGGUAAAUAUGGUAAAAUUGCCAGAAUUGCUAUAUCACGAGACAGGAAAAAGAAAAAUGUUACUAAGUGUGUCUUCUCUUUCGAAGAAGAAGCUAGUGCAAAAGCAGCAUUGUCUUCAGGAUCUGUAAAUAUCCGAGGAAGUAAAGUCAAAGUCUCAGUAUAUACACAAGAAAUAUUUUUCCCAUUCAUGAAUACUGUUUUCAUUUCUAAUAUUACCUCAGAUGUCACAGAGGAAGAUGUUUUAAAGUUUGUUAGCAAAGCUGGUCCAGUGUCAGGAGUGCGUAUAAAUGCCCCGUACAAGGACAGGCAUGCAAUGGUUUACAUGACAAAUGUUGCUGAUGUGGAAAAGGCUCUUGAGCUAAAUAACACUACAUUUAAGAAUUCAGUUGUGAAAGUAAUGAGGCACAAGAGGGCAGGAACAGCAACAGUGAAAGAGGAGGUUCCAAGCAAGAAACAGAAGUUGAAUAAUGGUGUAGCCAAAGCGCAGGAGGCAAAAGCUACAGUAAAGAAAGAAGAAGACGAUGAUAGUGAUGAUAGCGAAGAUGAAGAUCUUGCUGCUUUCCAAGGUCAACUUCAGAAACUGAAUGCUGUUGAGGGGAGUGAAGAUGAUGACGACGAGGAAGACGAUGACGACGAGGAAGACGAUGACGACGAGGAAGACGAUGACGAGGAAGACGAUGAUGAAGAUGAUGUUGACGACGAGGAAGGUGAGGACGAUGAUGAUGAGGACGAUGAUGAUGAGGACGAUGAUGAUGAGGACGAAGAUGACGAGGACGAAGAUGACGAGGGCGAUGAUGACGAGGAUGAUGAUGAUGAAGAUGACGAGUGAAGUGCUGAUAAGAUUGCCUUAAUUCCAACCAUCAAAUUUAUUGGAGUCGAGAAACUUAAGAAAAAAGUGUCUUUCCAAUAUUAAUGAUGUACACUGUCAUGUGAUGAAAUAUGAUACAAAAUUAAUUAGCAAGUCAAAGUGCCUUUUACAACUGUCUAUAGUAUACACAAUACUAAGUUCUUAGCUUUGUGUUUCAUCCGUUUUGCAAGAAGUUCCAUUUUUCACUGGAAAGUUAAAUUUCCGACCAGUUGGUUUUUGUGGGUGUCUAGUUGGUUUUACAAUGACAGGAGAACAAAAGAAAACUGUAAUAUCUUUACUAUACAAAUUAUGUACAAAUGUUAUGCGAUGAAAUAUAAUAAGAAACUUUGAAUCAAGGCAAAGUUUCUUUAACAAUCGUCUUAGUUUGUACAAUCAGUAGUUCUCUGCCCAUUGUUGUUGCAAUUUUGAGACCAGUUCUGUUAUGCAUGACCCGUCAUGUCAGUAAAAUUUUUGACAUGCCAUCAAAUUUGAGUGAAUAAAACUCUAUGGUGUUCUGUA